AAGUCUCCUGACAAGAGACAAUGUUAAGAUGAUCGUGAUCUGUGUUACAAUGCUUCUCUUUCAUCAGGGACAUACCCUGAUUCCAGUGACCACAGCACAACUUGGUGAACCUGCAACCUUCACAUGUGUUUUACCUGAUUAUGAGUCGAACCCAAGACAGUUUCACUGGUACAAGCAGAGUGUUGGAGAUAGUUUAAAAUUAAUCCUAGUACAGCGGAAAGGCAUAAACCCUGUGUAUGGACCAGAGUUUUCUGCCUCUAGACUUGAUCUAAACAUUCAUAAGAAUAUCAGCAAGCUGACCAUUUUGAGGACAAUUCAAGAAGACGAGGGAAUGUAUCACUGUGCACUUGUGGAUUACGCAAAGAUUACUUGGAGUGGGACCUAUUUGUCAAUAACAGGAAACACUCUGAAGACAUCAAACUAUACUGUUGUUCAGUGGCCGACAGUAUCUGAUCCAGUCCAUCCAGAAGACUCGAUGACUCUCCAGUGUUCAGUCCUCUCUGACUCUGACAAUAAAACAUGUCCAGGAGAUCACAGUGUGUUCUGGUUCAGAGCUGGAUCAGAUCAAUCUCAUCCAAAUAUCAUCUACACUGAUGGAAAUAGACACGAUGAAUGUGAAAAGAGAUCCAACACUCAGAAAAGCUGUGUUUAUCGCUUCACUAAGAACAUCAGCUCCUCUGAUGCUGGAACUUAUUACUGUGCUGUGGCCACAUGUGGAGAGAUAUUAUUUGGAAAUGGAACUAAAGUUGAAAUUGAGCAAACAGCAAGUUCUGAAUUUAUUCUGCUGGUGAUAACAAUAGUCUGCUUGGUCAUUUCUGUUGUUGGAAAUAUCGUUUUCAUCUGUUACCGAACUCCAACACCAAUAUGUAAACCACUUAAAGGAGUAGAAGGCACCUCUUCACAAGUAAGGCACGACAACUCAAGCCAAACGACUCUAGACGGAGUUGAUCUGAACUAUGCUGCGUUGCAUUUCACUGGAAGGAAAGCUACAAGAGGAGGGAAGAAUAUAGAGUUAAAGACUGAAGAAAGUGUAUAUUCUCAAGUUAAAUGCUGAUAGUCUGUGUCAAUGCAAACCUUUCGGUUGGAUUGACCACUGAAUAAAUGUAAUAAGUGCCCCUCUCUUAUCUUUGCUGAGCAUAAGCAUACAUUCACAAGUGCCUAUUUGCAAGUAUGUAUAUAAAAUUGCUCUUAUUGUUCCACUAUGUUGACCAUUUCAUCCUGUGUGGUUGUGUAACCCUAUUUCAUUUGUUUUAUUCAAAAUAAAACUGUUUUCAUUGGUU